UGAAGCUUUAACAUUAAUCACUGAGGAAUGCCAUUAUAAAGCAAGGAAGAGCCAGGAUAUAUGUGUGUUUGGUAGUCUAUCUCCAAACUUGUACUUGUUAGAUGUCACAUGAUCUCAGAUGUUAUACCUCAUUCACAAGCUGUCACCUCAUUCUUCUGCUUUCUGAUUGGUCGUUUAAAGAAAAGUACUAUAUAAGGAAGUCAUUAUUCAUCAAAAAAAUCUGCCAAAGGAUAUCACGUGCCCUUGACCAAAUGUUAAAAUAUCUUCUGUAAGUAAAAGCUCAAAGGCAGAACUCUUCACAGCAGUGCAGGACAUCUUAACAUAAACCACACAAGAGCAACGUCCAGUGAUAUUAAAUCCAACAGUUUGAAGAUGGCGAAAAAUACUUUUGGUGAUAGGAACUUUUCUGAGUUGAAGAGGAUUAACAGAGAUGCUGAAGAGAAGAAUAUCUAUGCCAAUACAGACAAUAUAAACAUUCACAAUCCCUGCAGAGGAAAAGAAGACACCUCGAGAAAGCAAACAUCUCAACACACAGACAUCGAGACUGUGAGGUUGAAGAUGAAACGUUACAGAUCAGUUACAGUGUGUUUGGUGCUGCUGUGUGUUCUUCUACUGACUGCAGUCAUAGUGCUGUGUGUCCUGAUCAAUAUAAACAACCGACAGUUUAACAUCAAAACCAAAGACUUCAAAGAAGAGAGAGAUCAGUUAAUAGCCAAGUACAGUAGUAUUUCUAAAAAUGACCUGUGGACACAUCUUCAUGGUGAAUGGAAAUACUAUCAAUUCAGUUUAUACAACAUUUCAUCUGAGCAGAAGAACUGGACUGAGAGCAGAAGAUACUGUAGAGAGAGAGGAGCAGAUCUGAUCAUCAUUAACAACAAAGAGGAACAAGAUUUUAUUAGCAACAUAUCUGGUACAGACAACAUCUGGAUUGGUUUGACUGACAGUGAAGAGGAGGGCAGAUGGAAAUGGGUUGAUGGCAGCACACUGACCACAAGCUAUUGGAAGGCAACACAGCCACAAGGAGUUGAAGAUGAAAACUGUGUUGUUAAUCAUUUAUCUGUGUGGUCUGAUUAUUUUUGUAAUGCAGCAUUUAAAUUUAUUUGUGAGAAAAGAUUUACAAUUGAGCAUUACAACUAUACAAACUUACUUGGAAGAUUUAAAGAUAAAUGGAGAUCUUUGUGACAUCAACACCAAUAUGUAUUUUAAAGGAAUUUCGAUGUUCUUGCGCAAUGUUUUUAUCUAACAACUUAUGUUAUAAUGUGCUGUUUAAGUUUACAGCUUUGUGAUUAUCUUACACUUGCAUUAAAGGGGCCAUGAGAUGUGUUUUUGUAUUAUUUUAUUAUGUUCCC